AUGGCGAUAUCAGCGACGGGAAUGAGCACCGGCAAUCUAUUAAGAGCUGAGUAUCAGGUGUUCCUGAGUUUUAGAGGACUUGACAAUAAUCGUGGAUUCGCCGACACCCUCUACCAAGCCUUGUCUGAAGCCUGGAUUCGUGUUUGCAUCAAUUACAAAGAGAUUCGACCAGGCGAAAGAAUUGAUGGCAAAUUUUUGCAAGCGAUCAAUGAUCCUAGGCUCUACAUACCCAUCUUCUCCCCAAGCUACGCUUCAAGUUACAGGUGCCUUUGCGAGCUUGCAAAGAUGGUGGAGAACAUCUCUAAUUCUAGGGAAGAUGCGAAUAACAAGGUGAUAUUGCCCAUCUUUUAUAAUGUGAAACCUUAUGAUGUGGAGUUGAGGACCCCUUGUACGAAAAUGACAUUCAGAAUUUGGAGCAAAUGA